GCGGACCCUCUACAAGCCCCAUUGCGUUUCCCUUCGGUACUCCCCCCGUAGCAGCUGCUGGAAGUAACACCCAGCAGCAGCAGCAGCAGCAGCAGCAGCAGCAGCAGCAGCAGCAGCCUGGGUUGGCUGCUCCGCUGGCCCCUCCCCCCUUCCCUUCUUUCUUGCGCUGA